CAGUGCGAGGUGGAAUUUCCCAGGUUACGGCGGAGACUCGGCAGACCACUUCCGCAGUACAUGUCUGUCUGAGCAGCGAGACGAGAGGCCACUGCCAGCUACCAGUUCAGAGGAUCAUGUGUAGGAAGUGAGCAAGAGCAAUGGAAGGUAAAGGACCAUAUCGCAUCUACGAUCCAGGUGGGAGCGAAGUCAAAGGCAGAGAUGAGGCCGUAGGGGGGAGCAGCUAUCGACAGCUGCUGGAGGAGAACAGCAUGCUGAGGGAGAGGAUGAAGGGACUUAAGAGCUUGGGCGAUUUGCUGGAAGAGUCUCAAUCAGAGGCAUCUCGACUGCGGCAGCGAGUUGAGGAGCUGGUGAGAGACAAUGAAGCCUUAAAGUCCUCCAGCUUUGCAGCCAGUUUGUGUGCAGGAGGGCCUGUUCCAACUGAGACGCAAAGUAAGCCCCACAGACUAGAUGGCAAACUCUGUUUACACACCACUGCAGAGAAGGAGGAACAAUCAAGCUGUUUAGGAAAGACACUUCAGCCUGAGAAGCCCACUGAGGCGUUAUCUGAAUUUGAGCGGGUCAAAACGGAGAGAAAAAAUUCUGAUGCUUUGAUUGCCGGGUCCGUGGCAGGAGCAGUCCCCCUCAUUCCCCAGGAGAAUAAUGAGCUUGCAAGUCAGCUGAAGAGACUAGAGAGUUCAUUCAGUAUAUUUGCUGAGGAGUCCAACCCAAACCAGCUGUUAGCUCACCUUGGUCGCAUGGCUGUGGAGUUUCACCAUCUUUCCACAAAAGUCCAAAAGAAUGAACAAAGGACCUCCCUCUUACAGACUCUCUGUGAGCAGCUCAGACAGGAGAACAAUGAGCUUCGAAAGAAAAUGGAAGAAGAUCAUCAUAUCAGGAAUAGAGACUUGGAACAGCUGAGACAGGAGAAUCAUAAGCUCAAGGAACUGGUCACAGGAGGACCGACAGUGGCAUCAACUGUGCCACCGUCUGAUACCGAGACUCCGGAGGCCAAAGAUGAGCCGGUAAAGGAAGAAUCUGCCACUGUCCGACUGAAGAUGGAGGCCACCACGCCGCAGAAGAGUGGAAAAGCAGCAGAGAAAACCCCAACCAAAGCAUGUGACACAGAAGUGUAUGAAAAGAAGAUCAGGCUUUUGGAGAAGCAGAGAAAGGAUGUUCUGGAGGUGAACAAGCAGUGGGACAUUCAGUGGAACUCCAUGAAGUCACAGUUUGAGCAAAAGAUCACAGACCUCAGACAACGACUGGCUGAGUCCCAAAAGACUGUGCUUGAGCUGGAGGCUGAGCGAGAGCAGAGGCAGCGUGACUACGACAAGAAGCUGCUGCUGGCUAAGUCCAAGAUUGAAAAUGUACAGGGGGAGAAGGAGUGUUUAAACUCUGAGACGGCUGAGCUGAAGCAGAAGGUUCGCUACCUGCAGGAUCAGCUCCUGCCCCUGAGCAAACAGAGAGAGUACCAGGAGAAGGAGAUCCAACGCCUCAACAGGGCCUUGGAAGAAGCCUUAAACCUUCACUCUCCUUCAUCCACACAACAACCUCCUGGCCAGGGCAACUUUGCAGAUGCAGCCAAUAACCUCAAAAAACAGGAACUACUCACUCAAAUAGCUGUACUAAAAGAACAGGUAAAAAUCUUUGAGGAGGAUUUUAGAAAAGAAAGGAGUGACAGAGAGCGGAUGAAUGAAGAGAAAGAAGAUUUGAGGCGGCAAGUUGAGAGACUCCAGGGUCAGAUUACCAAUUUGACUAAUCAGCUUCAUCAGGCACAAAACGAGUGUCAGAGAGAACGCACAGAGAGAUGUAAGCUGGAGAGACUCCAGAUGCAGCAUCACAAACAGGGGCAGCAGCAGAAAAGGCGUACAUCAGACCCCACGUCAGGCUCAGUGAACGGCCCGCUGAGCCCCCCCUACUGUGGUCCCUUUGUGCAGGUGGGAACGCAGGGUCUUGAGGGUUGGCCCAUACACUUUGCUCCACGGAUGCCCAAUGCAGCAGGCGCCACAGCUGCUGCAGCAGCAGCAGCAGCGGCGGCGGCAGCAGCAGCACCCCCCCCUGCUCGAGACUUCCAGCCCGUUACUCCGGGUUUUCCUUGGCAGAUGUCAUUCCCUCAACCCCGAGGGUCCAGAGCAGUAGGAGAGAGUUCAAGACCACCACCAGAGAAUGCAGAUCAGCCAGCAGCAACAGCGGCGCCAGCAGCGACAGUGUUUGGAAAAAGGGAGAGACAGAACAUAGACCCUGGAAAGCACUAAAGCAUCACCAAACCCACCUAAAGGAGUCUGGGUAGUAGCAUGAAACCAAUUUGUUUUUGAGUUGAUACGGUGUGAUUGAUCUAUAAUUUUCCUACUGAACUGUAGAUAUCCUAUUGUAAUGUUGUUUAUACUUGCGUUUUAUAAGGCUAUUUGUGAAACACUUCACUAUUCUGAAUAUAGUCAUGAAAUAUUAUUUUAGUUUUUUUUUUAUUGGGAACUUAAGUCAUUUGUUAAAUAGGUUGGAAUAAUUAACAUUGCUCUUUUAUUUUAUUUCAUCCAGAAAAUACACCUUUUGUGAUUUGUUUCUCUGCAAGGAUGUAACAACCUACUACUUAGUUUGUUACUUGUAGAGUAACAGCAAGCCAUUCCCCAAUAAGACUGAGACAAUAUAUACUCAUUCCAACAAUGAGUAAUUAUAUAGAUACACUGAAUCAUAGACUAUAAAAAUGUGAAUGUUAAUUGAUUUGCAAGGAUUUCUACAGUGCCAUUGAUGUUAUAGAACUGUCCAAUAUGUGUAACUGUUCAAAAGUGGUUGUUGAAUUACAAAAAUUUUGAGAAAUGAAUUUUAAUGGUAUCAUACCAAAAACAUGAUUGUGAUUACUGAUAAUUUAUUUAUAACCUGCUGUUUUGAUAGUUGCAUUGACUAAGUGUAAAUCAUUGUCUUUAGUAAUGCUGUUCUUUCUAUGUUGUUAGUGUAAUCCCAAUAUAUUGUAGCUAUUGACAUUGUAUGUUUGUAUCAGACACAGUACACGAUUCACAGUACAUACACAAACCUUUUUUUUUUUCCUCAUUAUGAUGGACCUAAUCUCAUUAAACAACACUUCUACUUGGUUUGACCACUCAUUCUGAUAUUUACCCUCCUCUUGAAUCCUGUUCCUUUAGCCUCAACAUGCAGGAACUAGAGGUUUCUGCAGCAAAGUCUUGGGGCGGCAGUGCUGACUACUUUCUUCUUUACACCCGUUUUGCCACAAACUUAGAGUUGAAAUUAUUGCAACCGUUUGGGAGUUGUGCAGCUGCUUCUCAGAAAAAGAGAACAACUCUUCUGGAUGUCCAGCUGUGAUUUCUGCCCACUUCGAUAAACAACCGUUCAUGCCAUGUGAAAUCAACCUGAUAAAAAUUCAGUGACACAAAAAGUCCGGCUCCACGCCUUGAGAUUGUGUCACCAUUUUAAAACUGUAAAUGCAGUCUCAGAAAUCAAGACUUGCCUGUUUUUAACCAAACACCAUUUAUGAUUUUUAUGAUAUUGUGUACUUCAAGUAGUCAGAUGAAGGGCUUUGAAAUGUGUGGAUGACAUUUGGAUACUGCUAAGUUUUAUUUAUAGUCAAAAAGUACCGAGGAACACAAUCCCGAUGGGUGAGCGCUGAGAUGAGAUAAUUCCAGACUUGCACUUUGAAAGGUUUGCUGUAACUACUGGCAGUUGAAUUUUCCUGGUUUUUAGUCUUUUUAUUUGCCCCCGCCCCACCCCCCCUUUUUUUUGCCAUAGGCAAAAAGCACAUGUGAGACUUUUGUAUUUGACUGGCUUAAUAAAUCUAUUCUAAAUGUCUUGUUA